UGAGUGUUAACAAUUUUACAUAUGUAUGUACUUCUACAUUGUCAAACAUAAAUUCGCAAAAAAAAUAACAAAAGAGAGAGAGAGACAAAAUCCACAAUUAGUUUUUGCAAGUGCCGCCCACCACAAGAGAGCGAGAGCGAGAGCGUGUGCCCAGGCGGCGCAUAUGUAUAAAACAAUAACAACAACACAAAACCACAACAAAAAACCAUGUCAACGGAUAAUCCCACACAAUUGCUAACAACCAGUCAUUACGAUAUUGUUCAAUUUCGUGGACAGCUUCAUCAUCCUCAGUCGCAGGCAGGAAUUAUAGCAGUAGCAACAACAACAACACCACCAAUAACAACAACAACAACAACGGCCACAGCAGUGGUAACAGCAGCGGCAGCGUCCGCCCAUGGAUAUCGUAGUGUGGCCCAGCCAUCAAUUGGAACCACAGUGAUAACACCGCCACCACCACCGCCUUCCAUAUCGAGUACCCCCAGCACAAUUAUGUCGGCCGCCGGUUCAAAAUAUGUAUUUCUGCAACAUAAUGCUGCUGGCGUUGGCGUUGGCGUUGGCACCACCACCGCAGGAUUUCAAGCAUACGAACAUAAUGGAACAGUUGGUGGGGCAACAGGCGGCGGAGCCGUUGCUGCAGGAACUGGCAACAUAGUACUCCUUGCUGCAGAACCCAUUGAGCUAAGCUCAGCUGAUGCCCUGGCAGUGGUAGCCGCCGCUGCAGGUGGUGAGAGAACCCACGAAACAGAUGAUGGUGAAUUGCGCCCGCUGUCCUGGUUGAGUGAUAGCAAUCUGAUCAAGGGCAUAGUCACAAGUACAACAACAACAACAGCAACUACAGCAGCAGCUAACCCAACAAACAAACGAGUAGGAGCAACAGUCGUUGCGGCGCCCACAAAUCUGUGUAUAGUCAGUGAUCAACAGCAGCAAUCCCCUUCAGCAUCAGCAUCAUCAUCGGCUUUAUAUAGCAGCACCACAACCGUACAUAAGGGUCCAAGUGGGACCACCACUGUGGUAGAAUAUAAAGCUGCCACCGCUGCCACCUCCAACGCCGCCGCUAGUACCAAAUCUGCCAUUUCUGCCUCCGUUUCCACCACUACGACAUCAGGCGGCACCACAUAUCCAACAACAACAACUACGCGAAAUGCCCACAGUUUUGUGCCCAUUGUGGUGACUAGCAGUAAUAUUGGUGUUUUGAAACCACAACAAAUCUAUGUGACCAGCAAUGGUGGGGCAACAAUUGGCAAGACAGCUGAUUCUCUGUCUUUGUCCUCCACCUCCACCUCCGCCUCCGCCUCCGCCUCGAGCACCUCAAAUUCAAAUUCUUCCUCCUCAUUUGCCACACAUCAUCCACAUAAGAAAUAUUUGCGUGAAAAAAUGAAUGUGCUAUGGGACCAUCAUCACCAGCAGCAGCAGCAGCAACAGCAACAUCAAUCGUCGUCCAAUAAUCAUCAUCAUCACCAUCAGUUGGUGGCCUCCACUGUUACUGUGGUCAGUUCACCCGCCUCCUCAAAUAAUUCAUCACUUAGCUCGUGUUCAGCUUCUGGCUCAUCGACUGCUGCAGUGAAUGGUGGCAAUAGUCCUGUACCCAAAGCGAGCAGUUUCAAUGCCGUCUUCGAUGCCGUCAACUAUGCCCCGUCCUCCUCCUCCUCCGCCUCCUCAUCCUCCUCUGAGGUGACGACGACGCCCAGCAGUAGCAGCAACAACAACAACAACAGCAAAGACCAAAUGAAUGUAAUCACAACCACAACCAGCACGACAGCCACAUUGCUGAAUGGCACACGUCCACCAGGAUUUACCUAUAUUAACUCGCCGCAAGUCAUCCCGCCCGCCAAUAUUGCAACGGAAACGGCUAGAAGUACCCUUUUGCCACCUGGCGGCUCCAGUUACACCACAUUGACGACGACGACGACAACUCCAAGCAACAGCAGCAGUAGUAAUAAUAAUAAUAAUAAUAAUAUUAGUAGUAAUAAUGCCAUUCAGCCGCACAGUCCGCAAUUGUCAGUGUCUCCGCCGCCGCCGCCAAUGACGCCGACAAGUAUUCACAAUGGUGGUGGUGCCGCCGCUGCCGCCGGUGGUGCUUCCGGUGGCAAUGUUUUGCACAAUUUGCAGAGUCCGAGUAGUUAUACCAGUUAUGAGAAUGAGGAUUCGCUUAAAGAAUUCGAUUUGGUGGCUGUCACACGUAUGCAUACCAGUACGCCCCAACAACAACAACAACAACAACAACAACAACAACAACAGCAAUAUAUAACAAUUAAGAACAACAACAACAUUGGAGGAACUGGAACUCCAAUCACCAAUGCAAAUGCCAAUGGCUAUGGCAGUGCCAGCAGUACGAAUGGUGGUGCUCCUUCUACUAAUGGUGGUGCUAAUGGUGCCGGUGGUGGUGGUGGUCCAAAUACACCACAAAAGCAAAAGCAUCCGCAUAAUGUGCCAUAUGAUCCACUUGUGCAUACCAAUAAUAAGCCGCCAUAUAGCUUUAGUUCCUUAAUCUUCAUGGCCAUUGAGGGUUCGGUGGAGAAGGCACUGCCCGUUAAGGAGAUCUAUGCUUGGAUUGUACAGCAUUUUCCAUACUUUAAGACAGCGCCAAAUGGCUGGAAGAACAGUGUACGUCACAAUUUGUCAUUGAACAAGAGUUUCGUUAAGGUGGAAAAGGCCCCCAAUAUGGGCAAAGGAUCAUUGUGGCGUGUAGAGCCACAGCAGCGACAAAAUCUCAUUCAGGCCCUGAAUCGAUCGCCAUUCUUUCCAAAUUCAGCGGUAGACAAAAUAAGCCCAUCGCUUAAAAGUCCUGUUAGCUUUAUCUCUGGCCAUGAAAUCGUCAUGGGUCUGGAUAAUAACAAUGGUAGUGUAUCAUCAUCGUCGGCGGCGGCUAUUGGUGUUGAACCGGGAGCUUCUAUAGCACUCGUCACUCCAGGGGCAACAACAGCCGUGGCCUUGGCUACGCCAACUAGAAGCAACGGCUUGGUAUUGGCCCCCAAUGUUGGAGCUAGCCAGCCAGCAGCUGCUACACCCACAAGUUCAACAUCGGCUGCAGGAGAUGGUUCCGGUUCUGGUUCCGGUUCCGGUUCGGGGUCAGGUCAUUCUCGUUUUGAUCCCAAAUUGUUUCCUAAUUUAUCGAGAGCGUUUAGCAAUACUAAACGUGAUGAUCAGCAGCAGCAGCAGCUAGUGGAAAGAGAUCGUUUGGAUGAUGAAAUGCUUGGAGAAUAUGCAACCAACAAUAACAACAACAACAAUAACAAUAACAAGUACAACAACUAUUCAACUGUAAAUGGAAUAGGAAACACUGCUGCGGCUAAUGGAGGAGAUGAAUAUAAUUUUGAGCGUUUGGCACGCGAUUGUGGUGCAGAUAGCAUGGACGAUGUACAUGCAGCAGCAGCUAUGCUAUUUCUUAAGCAUGGUUCCAAGGUUUUUACCGAAUCCUUUCAAAAUGGCGCUCCAGUGAUAACUAGCUCGCCUAGCGAAGAUCAUACAUAUUCGGCGGGUGGCAAUAGCAAUGCUGACAGUGGAGCCUCAACUCCAUUGACUACUGGUCAGACGAUGGGUGCUAUGGGUGGUGGCAAUCAUCCGAACCAUCAUCAUCACCAUCAUCAUGGGCAUCAUCAUCAUCAUCAUCAUGAUCAUGAUCAUCAUCUGACUGUGGGCGGCGGCGGUGCAGAUAGCAAUUGUGCCAGUUCAGAUGCAGCCUAUGAUAGCAGCGAGGAGAAUCAUAAUAUCACACCCGAAGAGCUGGCCGAUCAGCAGCGACAACGUGAUGGCGUUGAUGCCUUGCUUUCCCUAUCGCGAUCCUCCAUUGUGGAAUGUGGCUCAGUGGCGACCACGCAUUAUCAUAGCAAUGGUAGUGGUAGUGGCAGUGCCAGUAGCCUUGGCUCACCUCAUAAACGUGCCUCCUCCAGGCAUAGUUUAGAAGAGGACCAUCAUCACACUUAUCAGCAGCAGCAGCACCAUCAUCACCACCACCACCAACAACAACAACAACAACAACAGCAGCAACGUCAUCCGACUCAGCUUCAAUUUCAGCAUCACGCACAAGCUAUUGGUAUAUAUACCAAUGGUAGUGGCAGUAAAAUGGCUUUGCUUAGUAGUGCGGCAGCCAAUGUGGCUCAACAACAGCAAUUGCAGCAUCAGCAGCAACAACAACAACAACAUCAGCAUCAACAACCGCAACGUGCAGUGUUUGAAGAGCAGCAGUUUUAUGGUAAUUCACCAGCAACGCCCAACAAUAGCAAUGGGAAUGUUACAUCCUCAUCCGCCUCCAAUGCUAACACCACCAACGGCGGCGGCAUGUACAGCUUGAGUUGUCUGCCAGGUUCAGUUGCAAUUAUGGGCGGCGGAGGUAAUGGCAAUGUCAGUGUUGCCGCCGCCGCAGUUGUCAACAAAGUCACAAGCAACAAGGUGAAGCCAUUGCGUGGUCUGCGCAACAAGAUCAAGAGAAAGUCAUCUUGGAUGCGGUGAAUAUGGCGUAAGGCAGGCGGCGGUGCCGCCAGACGCUAAAAACGACGACGACGACAACAACAACAAUAAUAACAAAAGGAAGAAAGGAAAGAGGACCACAAGCAACAACAACAAGCAAUCACAGGCCGCGCCGCUCUCCAGAGUGAGAUGUCCAAAUCAACAAUUGUUGUUGUCUCUUUCCAAAUAACUUAAUCUAACCUAAUUAAUAUUAUUAUUUUUUUUUGUGUUUGUUAUUAA